GCUCUCCUCAGCUCCCUGCCCCCCUACGGCCCUCAGCGUUCAGCACUCUUGCAGCUCUGACAACAUCUCUGUCUCCUGGGCGGCAUCACAUGGUUCCAUCUCCUACACGGCUGUCGCCGUGAGCAACGAGGGCCACUGGUUGUCAUGUAACACCAGCACAACAGCAUGUGAUAUCUCAGGACUGUUGUGUGGACAGAAGUACCAAGUCUACGCUGCUGGAGUGGAUAACAGCUGUGUAGGAGCCAAAAGCAACAUAUACAUUGUCAAUACUGCUCCCUGUGUUCCCACGGACGUGCAGAAUGCCCUGGACUGCUUAUCAGGUGUCCUCACUAUCACCUGGCAACAGAGCGGCUACACCCCCAACCACUACCACGCCGAACUGACGAGCAGCGAGGGUUUGCUGACCGUGUGCGACACGAAUGUGACCACCUGUGUGGUUUCCAGAAUGCAGUGUGGUCUGACCUACAGUGUUGUGGUGGUGGCUCACGACGAUGUGUGCAACAGCUCCUACAGCCCCGCACAGCAGGUCACAGCAGCUCCCUGCCCUCCAGAUGCAGUCAGUGCCGUGGUGGACUGUGCCACCAACGUUGUCACGGUAACCUGGGACAACAGCGUUGCCGAUUUGCUGUACACAGUUACUGCUGAAUGUCCCAGUGGUCAGCACUAUACCUGCAACGUCACUGGAAUGGGCUGUGACCUCAGCACCCUGUCAUGUGGCACAGAGUACAAUGUGACUGUCACCCCGUCACUUGGCGGCUGUGUCGGUGUCAACACACCGUCUCAGCUGGUCAAGACAGCGCCCUGCGUACCCCGCCUCACCGAGGUAGAGAUGGACUGUCUAUCAGAUUCCGCCUGGGUGGUAUGGGAGGAGUCAGCGGGUUCCGAGCUUUACGUUGCCGUGGCGACGGACAGCCAGGGGCAGACGUUUGAGUGUAACUCAACCAACAGUAACAUGUGCGCUGUGCCAGACCUGCACUGCGGACUUAACUUUACCUUUACCCUCACCGCCUUAGACCAACAGUGCUCCAGCGCACCUAGCAACGCUGUGAUGUCCGAGACAGCCCCUUGCCCUCCCCAAGACACGCAGACCAAGGUGGGUUGUGAGAACCAUACGGUGAGUGUGUCCUGGACCCCCAGCGUGGGAGCGCUGAUGUACACGGCCACCCUGGAGCGCACAGACGGAGAGACCACCUUCUGUACCACCGAUGGGACAGGAUGUGACAUCACACAGCUGCCCUGCGGAGAGACGUACGUCCUGGCGGUAACCGCUGAGGGACGCACCUGUAACACCUCGGAGAGCAUGGGGACUAUUGUCAGAACAGUACCCUGCACACCCCAGCGUCUGCAGGCCAGUGUGAGCUGCAGCAGUAAUGUGGCCAAUAUGAUGUGGAACACCAGCCGUGGGGGUCAGCUCUACUCUGUAGAGGCUACCGGAACCGACGGACACGUUGCAGGAUGCAUGUCCCAUGACACCCGCUGUGAUCUCACCGGCCUGCACUGCGGCCAGCACUACACCGCCACCAUGGUGGCACGAGACAGUGACUGCACCAGCCCUGUGAGUGACACUGUGGAGCUCAAGACAGCACCCUGCAUUCCUGCCACUGUGUCCACUGUGAUGGACUGUACAGCCAACGCCAUGCACGUGUCGUGGUCUAAGAGCUCGGGGGCUGACUCCUACAUAGCCACCCUGCAGGACAGCGACGGAAGCUCCACCACCUGUCAAGCCCUGAGUGGAGCAGCCUCCUGUAACAUCACCACACUCAGCUGUGGUCAUAUCUACCAUGUCACUGUAGCUGCCUCCGACGGAUCAUGCAGCAGCCCAUCUACUGAUGUCACCGACACCCACGCAGCACCCUGUGCGCCUCGUAACAUCGAGACAGUGAUGGACUGCGAGGCCCGUGUUGCCAUGGUGUCCUGGUCUAUGAGUGCCGGGACUGUGUCCUACGUGGCUACAGCCACCACCCUGUCCGGCCACGCCGUCACCUGUGAGACCAGCAACACCUUCUGUGAGCUGGGGGGCCUGGCCUGCGGAGAGAGUUACUCUGUGUCUGUACAGGCCUGGGGAGAGAGCUGCAGUAGCAUGGCUACCAUGACAGGACAACUGGUCACUGAGCCCUGUGUACCUUUCCACCUGAGUGCUAAGUACAGCCUGACCAUAGGCCAGGUGUUGUGGGAUGUGAGUCAGGGUGCUACCCUGUACAGCGCUGAGGCAGUGACGGAGGAGGGUCACCUUAUUAGCUGCAACACCAGUGACACCUACUGUGCCCUCUACAACAUGGCCUGUAGCCAGGUGUACAACGUCACCGUCACCGCACACAACAACAUCUGCCAAGGCAUGGCUACGUCCAAGUCUAUCAACCUCAAGACAGAGCCCUGUCCUCCCAACAAUGUGGAGACAAGUGUUGACUGCGAGACUGGAACAGGCGCUAUUUCCUGGGAGAUGAGCGUUGGGGCAGUGGGAUACAUAGCAUUCUUCAACGGACGCAAUGGAGACUCUCUGUCCUGCCACACCUUGGCACACCACACUUCCUGUAGGGUAGAGGGACUGAACUGUGGCACAGUUUACUACGCCCGCGUCAGAGCCCUGGGAGACACUCUUAAUAGCACUGACUCUACCACUGUUCUGCUGGCCUCAGCUCCCUGUGUCCCCGCCAGCAUGGAGGCAGAGGUGGACUGUGAUAACGCCACGGCCCUGGUGACCUGGGGCUGGAGCAAUGGAGCCCAGUCCUAUAUCCUCACUGCUUUGGGCAGCGACGGGCACCAGGCCUCCUGCCACACAGAGGAGAAUUACUGCAACAUGACCGAGCUGGCCUGUGGUGAGGACUACGAAAUCACCCUGACCGCCAUCAACCACAACUGCCAGGUGGAGACCCUGUCUGGGGUCAGCUUCAGCACACGUCCCUGUCCCCCCCUGCAUGUGGGAGUGGACCUGCAGUGUGGGACCCGCACUGCCACCUUGUCCUGGGAGCAGAGAGAAGGGCUGCAGUUCUAUGUUGCUAGCGCCACCUCCAGGGCUGGAGGAUCUACUGGGUCCUGCAACACUAGCAGCUCUAGCUGCCAGUUCCCUGCUCUGGACUGUGGGGAGACCUACAGCUUCACUGUGACCGCCCACAGCAGCCUGUGUCAGAGUGAACUCAGCAACACUGUCGAGAUCAAAACAGAACCUUGCCAGCCAGACCAGGUGACAGCUACAGGGUCAUGCGACAGUGAGACAAUGGUGGUUGUGGCGUGGGCCGAGGCCGAGGGGGCGGUGGUCUACAUGGUGACGGCCAUGGGAGACCUGGGAUACAUGACAGCGUUCCAGACCAAUGAAAGCAGCCUGGAGGCGGAGCUGCCCUGCGGACAGACCUACAGCUUCACUGUGAUUGGCCAGGACGAAAGUUGUGAUAGCCCAAUCAGUGAUGCUGCAGAGUUCAGGACUGCCCCCUGUGUGCCCCAGCAUGUGGAGAGCUACACUGUGUGUGAGAACAGCCUGGGCUCAGUGAGCUGGGCCGAGAGCGAAGGGGCGGAGUCCUACACCGCUAUCGCUGUCGGAACAGACGGCCACACCCACAUGUGCACCACCAACUCUACCAGCUGCACCUGGGAGGACCUGCACUGUGGAGACCUCUACACCGUCCACGUCAUCUCCAACGACUACCUGUGCAGCAGCUCCCCUAGCAACAGCACCACCGUACGCACAGCUCCCUGCGUGCCCCAGAAUCUGGUGCCCACUCUGGACUGUGGCAGGAGGGUUGGCUCCCUGACCUGGGACCUGAGCCACGGUGCAGACUUCUACAUGGUGACUGCAGAGACCAACGCCGGCCACAAGGUGGAGCUGAGCACCAAUGACACCAACGCUUACAUCUCAGAGUUCCAGUGUGGUCAGGAGUACUACCUGUCUGCCCAGGCAGUGGAUUCAGAGUGCAGGAGUGCACCCUCCCCCCCUGCAACACUCAGGACAGAGCCCUGCAAUCCCACCUCCAUCUCUAGCGCGAUGGACUGUCUCUCCAACAUCGCCGUGGUAAUGUGGGCGGUGUCCGACGGUGGAGCCGAGUACUACACCGCCACGGUGGAACACGAGGACGGCCAAUCAAAGAGCUGCAUGUCGUCCAGCUUCCAGUGCGGCAUGCCCGACCUGCGCUGUGGACAGAACUAUACCGUUACCGUCACCGCAUCCAACCAACAUUGUCACUCCGACCCCAGUGUCGUCAACACCCUGACCACAGUUCCCUGUGUCCCUACCCAUGUUGUGGCCGUUAUGGACUGUUCUGACAACACAGCCUCAGUGACCUGGAGCCCCACCCAGGGCGCGCUGUCCUACAGAGCCAUGGCUCAGAGCCCCCGCGGCGCCCUCUCCUCCUGCGAGAGCACUGACCCACAAUGCAUCCUGGCCAACCUGAUCUGCGGAGUGCCCUACACCGUGCAGGUGGUGGCGGUGAACGAGCGCUGCUCCAGCCUGCCCAGCCACUUGGCAGAGUUCCAGACAGUCCCCUGUACCCCUGAGAUCACUGGGGUUCUCCUGGACUGCUACACAGACUCAGUUCUGCUGGAGUGGGCCUACGCUGAGGGAGCUGUGUCCUACAUCGCCACGGCUCAGUCAGGGGACAAACAGACAGCCACCUGCAACACAAACCACACCAACUGUGAACUUAUGGAGCUAGCCUGUGGACAGACAUACACUGUCACCUUGAGGGCAUCUGAUGGCCAGUGUGACAGCUUCCAGAGCACCAGCGUGAAAGUGUCAUCAGUCCCCUGUCCUCCCCAGGCUGUUGUAUCGCAGCUUAACUGUUUAGCUAACUCAGCCCGUGUUGAGUGGGAGAGCAGCAGUGGAGUAGACUCCUACACCGUCCAGGCUAUGAGCAUGGAGGGAGACGUGACCGGCUGCGAGACCGAUGGAAACGUCUGUUCCAUAUUGGACCUCGUCUGCGGCUCCACCUACAACAUCAGUGUCAACGCCGUGAGCAACGAGUGCAACGAAUCAGAGAGCACCCUCAUACAGAUGCAGACAGCGCCCUGUGUACCUGAGCAGUUGGAGGCCAAUAUGGACUGUGACUCUGGCUCUGUGUCAGUAUCUUGGGAGCCUAGCAACGGUGCCACCUCCUACACAGCUGUUGCCCAGGGCAACGGUGGCUACGCAUCAUCAUGCAACAGCAGUGACACCUCUUGCCAGUUCCCUGAGCUGCUGUGUGGCCUGUCCUACAGCAUCACCGUUCAAGCCUCUGACGAUGUGUGUAACAGCGCAGACAGCAGCGCCGUACAACUCAACACAUUACUCUGUGAGCCCCAGAAUGUCAGUGCUCAGAUGGAGUGCGGAAGCAACGCUGGACUGGUGUCAUGGGAACAGGGAGAGCUUGUGUCUUCCUACCUGGUGCGUGCGGUCAGCCCCGACGGACACCGGACCCAGUGUGACAGCAACGCCACCAGCUGCAGACUACCCAGCAUGCACUGUGGCCAACAGUACAACCUAACCGUCACAGCCCAGGACGGGAGUUGUGACAACAGCAAUGCGUACCUGAGCCUGCAGUCUGUCCCCUGUAACCCCACCAACGUGCAGGCAUCCCUCCAGUGCCUCUCUAACUCUGCAGCGGUGACAUGGGAGCGGGCCAGCGGCGCGGUGUUGUACCAGGCUGUAGGCACAACAGAUGGAGGUCACCAGGCAAUGUGUAACAACAGUCAGACACACUGUGAUCUGAGCGGACUGCAGUGUGGACAGACCUACAACGUCACUGUGGUCUCCAAAGACGACACCUGCAGCAGCGUAGACAGCGACACGGCACACGUCAGGACAGCUCCCUGCCCUUCCCAGGACGUGGCUGUGGAUGUACAGUGUGCCGCCGGCUCCAUGAUGGUCACAUGGUCCGCCAACCCUAACGCCGAAUCCUUCCAUGUGACGGCUGUGACCAGCGGCUCCGCCGACCUGUCAUGUGACUCCAGGGGUCUUCCAAUAAGAACCGGGUGUUCCAUUGAGAACCUUCCAUGUGGACACCUCUACAGCGUCACGGUUACCUCCAUCAGAGGUGGCUGUAAGAGCAAAGUCAGUGGUGCCGUAGCGGUGUCCUCAGCUCCAUGUGUCCCCCAGAAUGCUAAAGGUAGUCUGGACUGUAUUUCUAACUCUGUCUGGGUGUCUUGGGAUGCCUCCACCGGGGCUCAGACAUACACAGUCCUGGCCAACGGCGGCGGAGGUGUUAACUCCACCUGCACUUCUUAUUCUACUGCCUGUAAUGUGCCUGACCUGGCCUGCGGAACCCAGUACACCUUCCAUGUGACUGCUGUCAACACACACUGUCAGAGCUCACCCAGUAAUACCUUCCAGAUCGAGACAGGUCCUUGCGCCCUGAAAACCAUCACCGCGGUGAACGCAUGCCAUAGCAGCAGUAUCGUGGUUAGCUGGGAGCAUACAGAGUUAUCUCCUACCAUCGUGGCAACGGCAGAGGGACAAGACCAAUCCAUGUUCACCUGUAACAGCACGUCCACUUCCUGUGAGCUCAUGGGAGUGCGCUGCGGCAUGCACUACACCAUCAUCGUCUCCGUCCCCUCCGACAAGUGCAGCACCUUGAGGAGCCCACCAAAAAAGAUCAACACAGCUCCCUGUGUUCCUGAGGAUGUGACAGUGGUAGCGUCCUGCAAGGCAGAAGGUACAGUGGUGUCCUGGGCUCACUCCUUGGUGGCCCAGUCCUACCUCCUCACCGCCACCAGCCGAGACGGUGACGUCCGCACCUGUAACAGCUCUGUGAACAAAUGUACCCUGGCUAAGCUCCACUGUGGUCAGCCCUACACAUUCAGCGUGACUGCCAGCGCCAGCACCUGCACCAGCAAGGCCAGCCCCAACGUCACCUUCAGCACAGUGCCCUGUGACCCCAUUGGCCUGUCCGUUCAUGUCCAGUGUGAGACUAGCUCAGGCGUGCUGUCCUGGUCCCCCAGCCAGGGCUCUGUGGGGUACUACGGCUUUGCCCAGUCUGAGGAUGGGGACAUGCUGUACUGUGACAGCAUGGACACCUCCUGCACAAUCCAGGGUCUUGACUGUGGAGCCAUGUACAACUUCUCUGUUCUGGCCUCUGAUGGAGUCUGCAACAGCUCAUACAGCCAACCCCUGCUUGAGGGAGCAGCCCCCUGCGCCCCUGCCAAAGUGCGGAACCGCAUGCAACUAAUCGGCAAGACCCACUUUGCCCGUACCUCCUGGAGUGCGGUCGUCUGCCCCAAUGUCGAGUACCUGGUUGAGAUGACCGGCAGUAUCCUGGAUGACCCGCAGGCCAUGUUUGAUGUCUCGUCCUAUUGGAUAAAGUACACCUUCUUUGAGUUGGCCCUGCCCUGUGGCUCCUCCUACAGUCUGACAGUCCGUACCAGGAACUCUGCCGGAACCAGCAAGCCCUCCACCCCCAUUACUGGGACAACAGCUCCCUGCGCACCUCUGGGCGUGAACUACACGGGUGACAACACGCCUGCCAUGCUGUCCUGGGAGGCUGCAGUGUUCGCCACACAGUACACCGUCUACGACGUGACCGGAGACAGCCGCACGCAGAUGUGUUCCACCACGGAACUGUCCUGUCAGCUUAACAACGUCCAGCCAGGCGCCAUCGAGGUUACCGCUAGCAACGCUGUGGGAGAGAGCGUCCCCACCAAAGACAUCAACGGGCCAUCAAAUCGCCACAGAAGAGAUCUGGGGAUGGCAAAGCCUGCCACAUUUGCUGAAUUCCGCAUCAGAGAGGAGCUGUCCGAACCCAAGGUGUUAGUUGCUACGGUAACAGGUGUUUCUCUGCACAUGGAGUGGGCACCGGUGAGGGACGCCACCCUCUACACCAUUAUCAUCGUCCAAGAAGACACACCCUCCAGACGCCAGGUGCUGACCGUCUCUGAAGAGCUGACCAAUGUGAACGACCUCGAGCCCUCCACAAGAUACUGCAUCUUUGUCUCGGCCAAGAACGAACACACCCAGAGCAACUACUCCAAGGAGUGUGUCACUACUGGAGUCCCCAUGUGAUUGGCUUGACUUUCACCCCAACCAAAUGGACAUUACGGUUACCAGGGCAACCACCAAUCGAUGUAGUGUAAAGAGAAUCAUCAGUGACUGCUUCCUAUCUCUAGAAGUAAACACGCAAGGCAGAAGAGAGGCUUUUCAACAGACUGAGGGACAGGGAGGGGUUACUGUUGUUAAGCUUAAAUUACUAUCACAAAAGGCAGUCUUUAUCACAUAGAUGAUCCUACUAAAGCUAUGUUAUUUUCGAUUAACUUGAAAGCUGAAAUGUGGUAUUUUUUUGUUGUUACUUUUUAGAGCUAGGUAUCAUUUUCUUGUUUUUUGUAGUCGGUAAGAUAGCAGCAUGUGUCUUUAUAAUGUGUAGUUCUUUGAAAAAAGUAUGCCUAAAAAUGUAUUUUUAUUUAUCCUCAAAUUGUUAUUUUUUGAGACCUACACGAACAACUUUUCUGUCCACUAAAUUUAUUUUAGAUUCUUCAGUUGGUUGUAUACAUGAUUUGAAACAAAGAAAAAGAAGAUCAAGAGAGCAAAUAAAUGCUAUCAAGCAAGUAGUAA